CUGCCCAGCCGCAACGAUCAGCGUCACCGGAGAGUGCGGGACCAGAGGUCUCAGCAAAACGAAGACACACUAGAGGGUUCCUCUGAGCACUGGUCUGCUUGUUACGUUUUGCAAAGGGGGACAUCUAUUUUUUUAAGGACGAUGCAUCUCGUUCAACUUAGUUAACUGCAUUAUCGAAUGAGGACAUUGAUUAUUCACUUAAUUGUGGGAAAAACUGACAGAGGGCGUGCAAGUCAACUUACUUUUUGUGGUCAGUUCCCCACCCAGCGGCUCGGGCACGGGUUAAUUUCUUGAAAACACUGCGAAGCGAAUUUAGUCGGAAUCUAAGAGACAUAUCUUACAAGGGGAUUUAAAACAAACGCAAUCAUGCGGUGGAAUUCUUGUUUGGAUAUUGUGGUGUUUUUGUCCAUGUCUGUGAUUCUUAGCCAGCUGGGAGUUGCGCACACAUUUGGGGAUGAAGAAGAAAUGACCUGCGAUCCCAUCCGGAUCUCUAUGUGUCAGGACUUGGGAUACAAUGUAACGAAGAUGCCCAAUUUGGUCGGCAAUGUGCUCCAGUCCGACGCAGAACUGCAACUCACCACUUUCAGCCCACUGAUACAGUACGGGUGUUCGAGUCAACUAAAGUUUUUCCUGUGCUCGGUCUACGUCCCUAUGUGCACAGAUAAAGUCCCCAUCCCUAUUGGCCCCUGCGGCAGCAUGUGCCUGUCCGUCAAGCGCAAGUGCCUGCCGGUGCUGAAAGAGUUCGGCUUCGUGUGGCCCGAGGUGCUAAACUGCAGCCUGUUUCCGCCCCAGAACGACCAGAACCACAUGUGCAUGGAGGGUCCGGCGGAGGACGACGGGCCGUACCACACCAUCCGCACCCACCCGCCCAUGGAGGAGGAGUGCCAGACACUGGGCUCGGCCCCCGACCAGUACGCCUGGGUCAAGCGAAGCCACAGUUGCGCCCUCCAGUGCGGCUACGACGCCGGGCUGUACAGGCGGCAGGCCAAGGUGUUCACGGAUGUGUGGAUGGCGGCGUGGGCUGUGCUCUGCUUCGUCUCGACCACCUUCACCGUGCUCACCUUCCUGGUGGACUCGUCGCGCUUCUCCUACCCGGAGCGGCCCAUCAUCUUCCUGAGCAUGUGCUACAACAUCUACAGCGUGGCGUUCGUGGUGCGGCUGACGGUGGGCCGCGAGCGCAUCUCCUGCGACCUGGAGGAGGCAGCCGUGCCCAUUCUGGUCCAGGAGGGCCUCAAGAACACGGGCUGCGCCAUCGUCUUCCUCCUCAUGUACUUCUUCGGCAUGGCCAGCUCUAUCUGGUGGGUCAUCCUCACACUCACCUGGUUCCUGGCCGCCGGGCUCAAGUGGGGCCACGAGGCCAUAGAGAUGCACAGCUCCUACUUCCACAUCGCAGCUUGGGCCAUCCCGGCCGUUAAGACCAUCGUCAUUCUUAUCAUGCGGCUGGUGGACGCCGACGACCUGACGGGCCUCUGUUACGUGGGCAACCAGCACCUGGACGCGCUGACCGGGUUCGUGGUGGCGCCGCUCUUCACCUACCUGGUCAUCGGCACGCUUUUCAUCGCGGCGGGCCUGGUGGCGCUCUUCAAGAUCCGCUCCAACCUCCAGAAGGACGGCACCAAGACGGACAAGCUGGAGCGGCUCAUGGUGAAGAUCGGCGUCUUCUCGGUGCUCUACAUGGUGCCGGCGUCCUGCGUCAUCGCCUGCUACUUCUACGAGAUCUCCAACUGGGCCGACUUCAAGCAGUCGGCGCGCGACUCCUACAUGGCGGCCGAGAUGCUGCGCAUCUUCAUGUCGCUGUUGGUGGGCAUCACCUCGGGCAUGUGGAUCUGGUCGGCCAAGACGCUGCACACCUGGCAGAAGUGCUCCAACCGCCUGGUGACUUCGAGCAGGACAAAGAGGGGCAAGCGGACGGGCAACGGCUGGGUCAAGCCGGUCAAGGGGAACGAGACGGUAGUGUGAGGACGGCAGAGACGCACGAAGAGAGAGAGAGAGAGAGAGAGAGAUUAAAUGAGAGAGAGAAGACAGGGGCCAAGACUGGGACCCAGAGGAACAAAACCCAAAAUUAGACUGAGACACAUGGACAGGUGGCAUGUCUCUCUUGGGAGAUCAAGUGGUCGUGAGCGACUUAGAUGCAAGACACAGGACUGAGGACUGAGUGCUCCUGGUUUAAAUGCUCAGUCGCUGGCUCUACGGAUUGUACAGAUGUAACAUACCCGGGAGGCUCUGGGAAGAAUAUUUCGGACUCUCUAGCUAAGAGAGCUGGACUGAGGAGGUGUCUGAGUGGAGAUCACUCAGUCAGGGGAUACCUAAGAUAGCUCCUUGCGCUGUACUCUGAGAGGCUCACUGGCUGCAGCCAGAAAGCCAACAGUUCCCCCUUGUGGUCACUGUGUAGAUGGGUGACGGUGAAGCAGCAGUGGGGAACUGAGUAUGUAGCGGCGUCCUUUUGGUUCUGAUCCCCUGGCCUCUAUGGUGUUGAUUAAGGUGUUUUUGUGAGAUUCUUUGUACACUGGAUGGUCAAAGCGCUGAAGACUUGCAGAUGACUAUGCUAAAUAAAUCCAGUGCAGCCUAACUGAGAAGAGAAAAAAAUGCACUAUGAAAUAUUUUCUAUGGAAAUGGUUAUUACAGUAGAAGUGCCUUGAUCAUGAUUACUUUUGGUGUAGUCAGAAAUGUCUGGUGCUACUUGUUUCAAACUAUGGUAAUUGUUGUGACACAAAGGCACCUGGGAAAUGUAGGCCUUUUACUACUCUGCAAACAGGACGAAUUUACCUCUUGUUUUGGUCACAGGAGUCACCCUGAUGACUUUCAUUGCUUCCUGAGAUUCCCAGUUUAGGCGGUGCCCUUGAUAAACCCCUAUCCCCAUAAAGAAUGAACUUUUGUUUUCUGUAUUCUUCCAUGUAAAUGUAUCAUUUAUAGUCUUCAGAUAGUCUUAUGGAAAAAGACGUGGGACAUGGUCCCUGUAACACAGACCAUCACAAACACACAAAACACUAUUUGCAAACACAAAUCAUGGACAUACACCCACACAAUCUGAGAGAGGGUGGGCAAGGCAGCAGAUCUUUAGAAGUUAAUUUUAGUGAAUUCCCAACAAGUGUGACUGAAGCUAAUGAGUUCUUUAGGCGUAUGAGUAUCUAGUAUGAGUAGACAAACCAGAUUUUCUUGUAUGUUCAGCCGACCAACCUCCCACCUCCAAGUGGCUAGACAAUCUACAGUGGCUUCCACUGCCUCUAUGAAGUUAUGAAUGUAGAAGAAAUGUGUUUUUGCAUUUCGAAAAAAAAGUGCCUAGGACAACUAUGCUGUUGGAAGAAGCAAAGCCUGAGACACUAGACACUAUGAAGUACUUUUUACAGUGGAUUUGUAAAGGAACAGGUAUUUUUGUUAUUAAUGUAUUAUAAAAUGCUAAUUUAUCUUUGUACAAACUCCAAAAUACUAAAAAGCAAGUUUGUUAUUUAAGAAUGUUUUUUGUAUCAGAAGAUGAGAAAUUAAACGUUGGUGUUAAACCUGA